AUGGCUUAUACGGAUGACUCGGUGAAGGCGAAGCUGUCCGCGCUCAAUGAGACCCAGGAAGGCAUUGUCACUGUCGCGCAAUGGGUCAUGUUUCACAGGUAUGAUCCGGUCGAAGAUGCACCUACUGCCAACUCACCAACAUAUGAACUGAAUUCUAGGCGUCACGCCGAACGUACCGCACAACUCUGGCUCCAGAAACUCCGCGAUUCCCCUGCCGCAAAACGCCUUAACUUGAUAUACCUCGCAAACGAGGUUGCGCAGCAGUCAAGGGCACGGCGAAAGGAGGACUUUCUUAUUGCAUUCUCGCCUGUUAGUACUUAUAGAAUGGACACCGAUGAGAAAGCCCGUGCUAACACGAUUCAGAUCAUCGCCGAAGCCGUGGCAACCGCAUACAAGGGAUCAUCAAAUGAUAUCCAGCAGAAAAUUAGACGUGUGGUCGAGGUUUGGAGGCAACGGAAUAUCUUCGAGUCUCCAAUUCAGGAUGCCGUUGAGGCUCGAGUGGAUGAAAUUGAUAAAUCGCGCUCUACCGGCAAGAAACCGCUGCUCGGCGGUUCGUUGUUUUCGGGCCCGUCGGGUUCAACUCCAUCGGAGUUGCAACCGCUAGUUCCGCUCCAGGUAGCACUAUCGAAGGCGGCGGUUGCAUCUGGUACAUCAGGCACAACUGCCAAUGUGGAAUACGAUAAGAUGAACGACCCGAAUGCCCCAUUGCCAACCCCGCCUGUACAUGCGGCUCGCCUCAGUUCACUUUUGAAAAGCCUGGCAAAUGCUGAGAGUUCGGUGUCAGAGGUUAUCAAGUCACGCCGUGCCCUUAUUGAUGGGUUAGAGAAACUUCUUGAGACCAAUCGUACAGCCCUGUCACAAGAAGAGGCCCUGGCGCUCCAAUUACAGGACAGGAGAGCAGAGACCGAAGCGAAGAAGCGCGAUGUUGAGGAUGCGAUAAUGCGAGGGCUGUCCGCAGAGAAUACUCCAGCAGCGGACUUGGGAGGUACUAGCCUAGGCGGCGAAGCCACUUCUCGUCCGGCGGUCGAAGGGCUUACGCCCCCUCCAGUUGAAGCCAUAACUCCGAUCGGCUCCCCGAAUCAACAGCCACAAGACACAGCCUUGGAUGCCGAAAACGGAGCACAGACCAUCGGCGGAUUCUCUUUGGCUUUUGACCAAACACCUGAUGCUUCCAUCCCUGGGCUAAGCGGGCUGCGCCAACCUUCCUAUGGAGAACUCGGGGUAGAAAACGUGAAUGGAUCCCACACCAAGAAAAGGAAAGUCACUCACGGAGAAGAGGACUACGCUCAGUUUGCGGGCGGGGAUCUAGAUGCGGACGUUGCGGAGCUGCUGAACCAAGAGAGCAAUGCUCAGAGUUGA